ACCACUGUGUCUGUGUCCAAGAACCGGAAUAAUCUUUUAUAAGGCAAGACGGGACCAAAAUAACGGCUGCAGUUUAUAGUCUUGUAAAAGGAGGACAAACGGGGGAGGGGAAGCAACCGGAGGGGCAAAGAAAUGACGGGAGAGAGAUGAAAAAAAGGUGUGCCUUGAAGAUGCGUGAAGCUGCUCUACUGCACUGUACACUUCUGCUGCUGCUUUUGGCCCGGUGCAUCGAUGCAGCAUGUCCCUCGAUAUGUUCCUGCAGUGAAAGCGAUAGAGAGGUAGAUUGCUCCUGGAGAGGACUGAGAACCCUCCCCAAUGGCAUCCAGUUCAACAUCCACUCUCUCAAUCUGUCCCACAACCGUCUGGCUGACCUGGACGACGUCCUGGCCCCCUACACCCACCUCCGCACCUUGGAUGUCUCUCACAACCGACUUUCCCGCAUGCCUGCCUUGUUGCCCCGCUCUCUGUGGGAAAUUUAUGCCUCGGGCAACCGCAUCCGCCUUCUGGAGAAGAAUGACACGGUCUACCACUGGAACCUGCGUCUACUGGAUUUGUCUGUAAACAGGCUCGAGCGGGUCGUGUUCAUCAACAACACGCUACCAAACCUGCAGGCUCUAAACCUUAGCUGCAACAAGUUCUGGACGGUGCCUACUAACAUGCCCCGGAACUUGGAGAUGGUAGAUCUGUCACACAACACACUGGUACAGAUCCUGCCUGGGUCACUAGACCGCCUACCCAGGCUAUCACGGUUCUACUUACAUGCCAAUCGCUUUUCCACAGUGUGUGAAGGUGCUUUUGAGCAACUCCAUGGACUAAAACUCAUCACACUAAGAGACAACCCUUGGGCCUGUGAUGACUUCUCGAACAUCAAAUAUCUGAUGGACUGGGUCAGGUACACUUCAGCGCAUGUGCUGGAUUGCCCGUGCCACACCUGGUCAAUCUGUGGAGAUGCCCAACAUGCAAGGGUGACAUCAGGGUGGUACUUUGCCUCCUACACCCUUGCUCCACGUGGCGGACCGGGUUGGGAGUUCAAUCGUCUCCUAACUGGGGUGACUACCCACUACAUGUCUGAAGAUGUGCUCACUGGCUCUCAGCACACCAGGAAGAUUCCCAAACUCUCUAGUCAUCAAGAUAACAAUGAGGAAUCUUUUGGGCAUCGUUUUCUUUUGACCUCUUCUUCAGAAAGUCUUUCCGCGACAAGCCUGCCUCUCCCCACCGACAUGCCUGUCACCAGGGAUCUCCUCACUACCAGUGGCAUCUCCACUUCAAGCACACGCAGGACAACCACUCUUCGCACCAGGAGCGUCAGGAGAACCAUUCAGAAGCUUGGCAAAAACGCGAGCCCGGAAAACAAAGCUUGGUUAUUGUUCACAGUCUUGCUAAGUGUCCUCUUUCUGAUAACUUCUCACCAGUUCAUGUAAAAACACCUCUAUAGAUUUGCUUCCAUCAUGAUCCAAGUAAAAUUUCCAUAAACAAAGCAGAUCUUUCAGUAAUCUCCAUGCUCUGUAACUGCUCCUGAUAAUAUUAAUCUUACAAAUAAACUCUUUGUAUAGUAUUUAUUUUAAAAAUAAGAAGUAAGAUUACAAACGGAGUCUUGCACUAAAUCACACUGACCACGUGACAUCUUUUAGCACGUAGUCUUAGCAUUAGGUUCGAUCCACGUCGGGAAAACCGACCGAAUGGAGAAGACUCUGUACC